CGUCACUCUUCUCUGCUCCGCUCCGCCUGCAGGAAUCGUCCGCAAUGGAAGUGGUUAAGGACGUCACGGAGAAGGCGGCCGUGGACCUGGGGGACCUGCUGGACGCCGCGGACGGCGCCGUGGUGACGCUGACGGCGGGCGACACGCGGCUGUUGGCGCACAGGGCCGUCCUGGCGGACAGGAGCCCCGUGUUCGCCGCCAUGUUCGCCCACGACACCCUGGAGGCCAGCAGCGGCGCGGUGAGCAUAGCCGACAUCGGGGGCCCGGUGCUGAGGCAGCUCGUCUCCUACCUGUACACCCUGCGGGCCCCCCAGCUGCCCGCCACGGCCCCCCAGCUGCUGGCCGCAGCGGAUAAGUACGGGGUGUCGCCGCUGAAGGCGGAGUGUGAGCGACAGGUGGCCGACCAGCUGAGUGUCGAGACCGCGGCGGCCGCAGCCGUCCUCGCAGUCCGGCACUCCUGCAGUGACCUCAGGCGCGCCGCCAUCGAAUUUAUUAAGACUCGUACCCACGAGGUGAUGGCCACUCAGGGGUGGGCAGAUGCGAUGCUUCAUCAACCGAAAGACUUGAUCGAAGUGAGCCGGUUGCUGUACGAGCCACGACCGCAAAGCAGCAUACCAGCCGCCACCACCGCCACCACCGCCACCACCGCCGCCACUGCCGCCGCCACCACUGCCGGUGCACGCCACCAGACCAGUGUCGCAGCUGCACCACCCACGUCUCCUCCACCUAAUGAGGCCACUGUCUCUCGCAUGCGCCCACCAGCCGCUACACAGCUGAGGCCCACCACCACCUCCACCACCACCACCGCCACCACCACCGCCACCACCACCGCCGCCACCACCGCCACCACCGCAGCCGCCGCCGCCACCACCGCCACCUCCUGCGCCGGCACGACCCACCAGACUCCUGCUGUUGCUGCUGCACUGCCCACAACUCCUGCAACCCAUGAGGCCACUGUCUCUCGCUUGCGGAGCCUCUCUGCAGAGGAGAGGGCCAGCAGGCUGACGGAGGUGGCUAUGCGGGGGGCAGUGGGGCAGCUGAGGGCACUGCUCAACGCGGGGGCCGACGUGGGGGCGAGGGGCGGGGAUGGGAGGACUGCCCUGCACUGGGCAGCGGCCAGGGGAGACGUCGAGGCGGCGAGGCUGCUGCUGGAGGCGGGGGCGGCGGUGGACGCCAGGGAGAGCAGUGGCUGGCAGUGGACGCCUCUGCACUUGGCUGCAGUGCGGGGCGCCGCCGCUGUGGCGCGGCUGCUGCUGCGGGCGUUAGCCGACCCCAACGCCAGGGACUGCGGUGGGUGGACGCCGCUGCACUGGGCGGCAGCCAAUGGCCACGCGGAGGUGGCGGCUGCGCUGCUCGUCGCGGGGGCCGACAGGGGGGCCACAAGUGGUGGUGGGGAGACAGCGCUGGACAUCGCCAGGCAGAACAGCCACAGGCGGCUGGUGGAGAUGCUGUCAUGAGGCAGCCAGUCCAGCGAACUGUCUGCAAAAAAAAUAAACUGAAACAAUUUCAAGCAAUUGUCAUCUUUUUUUUCGAUAAAGAAGCAAAAAACUCAA